CAAACAAGCCAUUCAUUGUUUUAGAGGUUAGAGAAGAGAGACGGCGAGAGAGAGGGAGAGAGAGAGAGAGAGAGGAGAAUAAGAUCAUCGUUGUUUGGUUUUUAUUUAGGCGGUUGCUCGUGCGUUCCACGUGCAAGAUCCGUCUCUAGUUUGAUUAUUGUCGUUUGCAUUCUUAGUUAGGAGAAGCCCUAAUCCCCUCGCUCUCUCUCGAUUCUAAUUUGAUUAAUUAAUCCGUUAAUUACUUUUGUUAACGAUUUUUGUUUUAUAUAUAAUACUGAAUCAAUCUCUCUCUGCAAUUUUGUUUUCUGAACUCCAAAAGUCCGAAUUUUGGAAUGGCUACCACUGCCGAUUCUCCGUCUAGUCCUGCGGUUCCCGGCGGCGGUAGCGGAGAGAGUAACAGUCCCCAGUUCCGGCGAAAGAAUCUACCGUCUCCGCGGGCCCGGGUUGUUCGAGGUGAAUCCGAAUCAAUCUCUGCCGUUCAUCAGUAUUCGUCUUCGUCAUCGUCCCCGACUUCUCAGGUGGAACCAACACCGUUUGCCGAUUCCCCUCCUCCGAAGACGGCUUCGCCGUCGCCACCGCCGGAUAACGCCUUGUCCGUUGAGGGUUCUGAUGCCAACAGCGGCAAUGCGGCUCGGCCGAAGAAGCUGGCUUGGAACAAACCCUCGAACGGCGUCGUCGAGGUCGGACCCGUGAUGGGUGCGGUCUCUUGGCCCGCAUUAUCGGAGUCCACUAAGGCUUCGCCUAAAUCGUCAGCUGAUUCGGCUUCGAAAACUGUCAACGAUGCAUUAGUCCCCAGUUCUCAGGGACCUGUUACCCCACAUUCACCCCAGAAACAAGCUACUACAAAUGCAAACCCUAAUUCUACCACAAACCAUACAAUGCCGGUUCGACAGAGACCUAUGAAGCGUGGCGGUGGUGGCAACACCAGGGGUGGGCCUGCACAAAGUGGCUUCACUCAUCCUCCACCAGCGCCACCGCCACCACCACCGCCGUUUCCUGUAUUUCAGCUACCUCCCACUGGCUAUCCUAAUCUGGUACCGGGAGUGCCUGAUCCUUCUCAUAGAGAGUUUCCUUAUAGAGGCAAUAAUUGGGAAACCAGACCAGCUGGAGGAUUUGUGUCUCAAUCACAUUCUGUGAAUGAUCAUCGGAAUUCCUCCCGUAGGGGAAACUUUGGGCCCCACCAGCGUGGAGAUGGUGCCUACCAUAACAAUCAUGGGGGCAGGCGUGAUCAGGAUCGUGGAAAUUAUGGGAAUGCCAGAGAUGUUCACUUGCAGCCACAGAGAGGUCCUAUGAGGGGCUUCGUGAGGCCUCCACCACCUAACACAGGAGGCUUUGUUACCCCCCCGCCUGUGAGACCCUACGUGAACGUGAACCCCAUGGGUGGUUUUCCCGAGUUUUACUAUAUACCUCCAUUGACGAUGGAGCACUUUAGGCCAUUCAUUGCUCCUCAUGCACCACCUCCUGCAUUGUUUAUCCCUGUUGCAGAACCUCCUCUGCCUACUUUGUUAGUCAACCAGAUAGAUUACUAUUUCAGCGAUGCUAAUUUGGUAAAAGACAAUUUUUUGAGGUCAAACAUGGAUGAUCAGGGCUGGGUUCCAAUUGAUUUAAUAGCAAGCUUUCCUCGUGUGAAGCAUUUGACAACCAACAUCCAGUUGAUAUUGGAUUCCUUGAGAACAUCGACUAUUGUGGAAGUACUGGAUGACAAGGUGAGGAGGCGUAAUGAGUGGAAGAAAUGGAUACCAGUGUCUGCUCUGCAUCCCACUGAUUCAGGCUCAGUUUCUCCUAAUAAAUCAGGCGACAACAUGUCUUCUUCUUUUCAGAAGUUGACAAUAGAGGAAGUGGAUACAAAUCAAAGUGGUGUGACAGGGAAGGCUGACCCUAACUCUGAGGCUGUUCAAGGAAGAUAUCUGGCUGAGUCUGUUGGCCAGUCACAACUCCCGAAUGGCGAGGCUACUGAAAACACCUGCUCAAGCCAGAAUUGAUCAAUAUGUGCCCCCCCCCCAAAAAAAAAAAAAAAAAAAUCAAGCACAAUCCCAUCAGGAUAGUGCACUUCUAUUUUUGGAGAGUUUCUGGAGGGAAGUGGGAAGUGAGGCUUAUGUUGAAGGUGUGGGAUCUUUUCUUUUGUUUACUCAGUCACAUAGACUGGUUUUGGCAGUUCUUUGAUGAGGCUAGUAGAGGAAUACAGAAUAAGAAUUAUCUAUAAAUUAUUGGCUAAAGAUAAAGAAUGAAAAGAAAGUGAGACAGAGAGUACUUAGAUGAUUGGUUCAGGCAGAGGUUAUUGGGUUGUAUAGCUUUGUUUCGGUGUGAUGUUUGUCUUUUGGGUUUCUGGUGAUUUCUGGUGGCAUGGGUGGGUAAAACAUUUAGGAGAGCAAAACUUGGGAUGUUUCCCCAUAAGCGUGUUCAAAUUCCUGUCUAGGGGGAACAGAGGAGGGGGAAUUUGAAUUGCAGAAAAUCAGUGCUUGGUUGCCAGAGGAAGUGUAGUCAGACUUUGCUUGAAUUUCUCCUAUUUGUACUUCCCCAGACUUUUAACUCUUUUUUUUUUUCAUAUAUUUUUUUAAAAUUUAUUAUUUAUUAGCAAAUACAUAAUUACAUUUGGCUACAUUUUUUAUGUACCUUUUCUUUUUCUUUUAGGAAUUUUGCAAAGGUUUUGUUGGAUGAUAAUAUUUAGGCUAAAAUAUGUCAUGGAAGGUUGGAUUUACUUUUUGUUUAA